AACAUUUUCACACUUCAAUGCCAAUAAUUUAGUUUUAGAUCUGAUCUCUCCAUCUCUCCAGACACCACCGAGAUUAUGUUCUUACUUCUUAGCACUCUAACAUCAUCCACUACAAUCAUUCCCAUCUCAUCUUUCAAAACCAAAAGAGAAGACAAGACGGGUGCCACUGUAAGUAAGUGAUCGAAAUCAAAGAUGGCAGGCUUCAGCGGCGACGAAACUGCUCCUUUCUUCGGCUUCCUCGGUGCUGCUGCUGCCCUCGUCUUCUCCUGUAUGGGAGCGGCGUACGGAACGGCGAAGAGUGGAGUGGGAGUGGCGUCGAUGGGAGUGAUGAGGCCUGAGCUUGUGAUGAAGUCGAUAGUGCCAGUUGUGAUGGCUGGCGUGCUUGGUAUUUAUGGCCUCAUCAUUGCCGUUAUCAUCAGCACUGGCAUUAACCCUAAGGCUAAGUCUUACUAUCUCUUCGACGGUUACGCCCACCUGUCCUCCGGCCUCGCUUGUGGCCUCGCCGGUCUCUCCGCUGGCAUGGCCAUCGGAAUUGUUGGUGAUGCUGGCGUCAGUUGGCUGCAAUUGGCUACACCACCCGUUUGGUUACCUAACAGAGUUGUGCAUGAAUAUAUAUGCAAAUAUAUUAGAGAAUCCUUUGACGCCGACUAAGGUUACUCCGACUUUUUCAGGGCUAAUGCUCAGCAGCCGAAGUUGUUUGUCGGAAUGAUUCUGAUAUUGAUUUUUGCUGAAGCUCUUGCUCUCUAUGGCCUUAUCGUCGGUAUCAUCCUCUCAUCCAGAGCAGGCCAAUCCCGUGCUGAGUGAAACAUCAUAAGCCAAAUUAGUCAUAGCUGCUAGUAGUCACUUAAAAUUUGAGAGUCUGGCUUCUUUUUUGGAUUGGAACAGUUUCAUUUGAGUAGAGUUCUAUUAUUUCAUUUUAUUUAGAACCCCAAAUAUUGUAUCAGAAGUAUUAGUUUUGUGAUGAUGUAUUCUCCUGCGGAUGAUUCAUUUGGAUGUUUGCUUAAUUAAUGAUAUGAUACUUUAUUUUUUAUUUUGCAA